AUGGGCAUUGGAGCCAGUUCUGAGAACAAGGAGUCAGCUAAGAGAUCCAGAGAACUGGAAAAGAAGCUCCAGGCAGAUGCAGAGAGGGAAGCCAGGACAGUCAAACUCCUGCUAUUGGGUGCUGGAGAGUCAGGGAAGAGCACUAUUGUAAAGCAAAUGAAGAUCAUCCACAAAGAUGGUUUCACCUACCAGGAACGCAUGGAAUUCAGACCUAUCAUUUACAGUAACGUGGUGCAGUCUAUCCUGACUAUUGUGAAAGCAAUGACUAAGUUAGGAAUCACUUAUGAGAACCCAGCCAGAACUGAAGAUGAAAGAAAUCUGUGUGCCAUGGCAACAGCUCUGGAGGAUGGUGACAUGUCUUCUGAACUGGUUGGACUCAUCAAACAACUGUGGAGGGACGGUGGAACCCAGGCCUGCUUCGCAAGAGCAGCAGAGUACCAGCUCAGUGACUCAGCAGCCUAUUACCUCAAUGAUUUGGACAGGUUAGCAAUGCCGGACUACGUGCCUAGUGAGCAAGAUAUUUUGCACUCCCGAGUCAAAACCUCUGGGAUUAUAGAAACCCAGUUUUCUUUCAAGGAUUUGAACUUCAGGAUGUUUGAUGUAGGCGGACAACGAUCAGAGAGGAAGAAGUGGAUUCAUUGCUUUGAGGGAGUUACUUGCAUCAUAUUCUGUGCCGCACUCAGCGCCUAUGACAUGGUUCUGGUGGAAGAUAAAGAAGUGAACAGAAUGCAUGAAAGCCUUCAGCUAUUCAACAGCAUCUGCAACCACAAGUGCUUUGCAGCCACUUCCAUUGUGCUGUUUCUAAACAAAAAAGACCUCUUUCAAGAGAAAAUAACAAAAGUUCAUCUGAAUAUCUGCUUUCCUGAGUAUAAUGGACUAAACACAUUUGAAGAUGCUGGAAAUUACAUCAAGAAACAAUUCCUAGACCUGAACAUAAGGAAAGAAGAUAAAGAGAUAUAUUCUCACUUGACAUGUGCCACAGACACCCAGAAUGUCAAGUUUGUAUUUGAUGCAGUCACAGACAUAAUAAUCAAAGAAAAUCUGAAAGACUGUGGGCUUUUCUAG